GAAGAUGGAGGUAAAGAAGCAGCAGCAGCAGCCAGCGGCGAGGCCGAUGAGCGCCGGGCCGGGGCCGCGGGCGGCCAGCCCCUACAAUCCAAAGCCACGCUCGGAUGCGUCGCUGCGCGCCGUCAUGGAUCUCUCGGGCGCCAUGCCGAUGAUGCCCAUGACGCCGCCACCGCCCAAUGGGCUCAAGGGCAUGGCGGUGUCGCCCGCGACGCUGUCGAUGCGCGCCAAGGGGAGCCUCAUGCCCAAGAAGAUCCUCAUGGGCUCCAGGGACAAGGAGGCGCUGCUCGAGGAGAUUUUGGAGCUCAAGAGGGUGCUCUACGAGCAGGACAAGCACAUCAAGUUCCAAAAGGUCCACACCUCGGCGCUGGAGAUCGAAAACAAGUACUUCUUGCCAUCCUCCAAACAUUUCUAGCUAUAAGCCCGAAAGCUCGAGCGAGACAUCGAGGAUUUGGAAGCACAGGGAGCGGCCGAGGCUCCCAGAACCGGAGGCUCAUCGCGUCUACGAGCAAAGCUACAAGGUUUCCUUUCUCUCCAAAGUGUUCUUCGCGAGGAUUCACCUUGCAAGCUUCUUCGCUCCAGGAUUGAAAAUGCGGAUAAACGACUUGCAAUCAACCUGUGACAGGCAGCUGGAGGAGCUCGCGCUCCUUCGCAAGGACUUGCGUGUUUCUCAUACAAAGGCAAGCUUUCGUCACUCUUUCAAGCUUUCCUUUCAUCACUCCUCGAUCUAA